CCUCUACAGCUUCCUGACUAACAGAAGUGAUAGAAGUAAUGGAGCUGUACCGUUAGCUUCGUGCUAACUGCACUUCUGUUCGGCCCUGCCACAUUUCACUGAAAGGCGCGGAUUUAUUUUAUUUCAGAACUAAGUCAACAAGUUAACGCUGCAGGAUGGACAUGUCCAGCAGACUGUUGGUGCUGCAGCAGCUGGCUGAGAGCUGUGGGCUCAGUACAGUCCAGCAGGGUUUACAGCAGGUCUGGAGGCUGCUGCUGCUCUGCCUGAUCUGCAGACUCUGCUUCAGACUGGGAGGAUUGUCCACUGUGAAGCAUGUAGUGUCGGUGCUGUCUGGGAUCUACGGCCUCUUCCUGUUCUUUGAGCUGCACCUGCUGUGGGUGCUGUUGCUCAGUGCGCUCUGUUACCUCGUUCUGCUCCUCAGCCGACACUCCAGCAGCAGAGGCGUCUUCCUCUCGGUUGUCAUCCUCGUCUACCUCCUUGUUGGAGAGUUGCAUUUGAUUGACAUGGUGACCUGGCAUAAAAUCAGAGGCUCUCAGAUGGUGGUAGCCAUGAAGGCCAUCUCUCUGGCCUUUGACCUGGACAGAGGAACCGUGGGCAGCCUGCCCUCCCCAGCUGAGUUCCUGGGUUAUGUUCUCUUUGUUGGCACGGUUGUCUUUGGCCCUUGGAUCAGCUUCUCCACUUAUAUGAGCGCCAUUGAGGGCAAAGAACUGAGCUGGCUGUGGCUGUAUAGCUCCUCCCUCAGCCUCCUGAAGAGUCAGAUCUGCCUACUGGUCUCCACCUGCAUCGCCCCUUACCUCUUCCCUUUGUUAAUCCCCAUCUAUGGAAACACAGUCACACAGAAGUGGCUGCAUGCGUAUGAGAAUGCAGUGUCCUUCCACUUCAGUAACUACUUUGUGGGUCACCUCAGUGAAGGCACCAGCAUGCUGGCUGGUGCAGGCUUCACUGAAGAAAAGGACAACAUCAGAUGGGAUAUGAGUGUGGUGAAGCCUCUCAGUGUGGAAAUGCCUCGCUCCAUGGUGCUGGUGGUGACAUCCUGGAACAUCCCCAUGUCCCGAUGGCUGAAAACCUAUGCCUUUAAAAACGCCAUGAAACUGGGGACUUUUUCAGCCAUCCUGGUGACGUACACAGCCAGCGCCUUACUGCAUGGUCUGAGCUUUCACCUGGGAGCUGUUCUGCUCUCUUUGGGCUUCAUCACAUAUGUUGAACAUGUUCUGAGAAAGAAGCUCGCAUCAAUCUUCAGUGCCUGUAUCCUGUCCAGACCGUGCACCUCUGACUGCAGCCAUCAGCACAAGAAGGAGUAUUGGGUGAUGUUGCUGAACCUGGUUUUCAGCUUCCUUGCCAUCUUCCACCUCACCUACCUGGGCUCCAUGUUUGAUCCUGGAGUUGAUGAACAGGACGUAGAGGAGGGCUACGCGGCCAUCCACACCAUCCAGAGGUGGUCUGAACUGAACUGGGCGAGCCACUGGGUUGUGUUCGCCUGCUGGGUCUUUUACCGUUUAAUUCAGUGACGUCAUUGGGGCCAACGGAAAGGCUGGCUGACACCUAAUGACUUCAUAAUACAAUGGAUGUCAUGGCGACGUUGUCUGACGGGAAGAGGAUGUGCUCAAAUGGAAAGGACUGUGGGACAGGUGGAGGACUGCGUCUGUACUAAGGUGGUGCUCAAAGACGUAUCCUGCUGUGGAUGUGAAGACGGAAUGACUUAACAAGCCUCUUCAAACCUGGAAGCAGAGUGAGAACAUAGCACAUGCCUACAUGUAUGUAAGAGCCCUGCAGACACAGGAUCAGAGGGUUGGAUUGGAUGGACAAUAUGACUGGAAGAAACACAGAAAGGACACUCUGUGCAAAGCUUAGCCUGGAGACGGUUGUUUGGAGACGGGCGAGGUUAACUUUACUAUAUUAGUACUGUAGAAUUAGUUCCAUUAUUAUGUUAGUGUUGGACAAUGUCCAUGUCCAAAACAUUUCACCAUUUUGGUAUGCAUAUAUAUGCAGGUCGAUUUUUUUUUAAAGGGUCCAUAACUGUAAUUGUUCAUAUGUUCGUCUCUUACAACAGUCUUUUGUUCUGCUGUUAUUGUGCUUUUUGUAUUGUUAUUUUUUCUUAAAUGUUUCUGUAAAUGUAAACGAGUUCCUGGUUUGUGAUUGUGUGCAAACAACAUAGUAACAGACUGACACAGCCAGUAUGUAACACUGAGCUCUUAGUAUUAUAUCUGUUCUGUUGUUCAUUAUAAAUGCCUACCUCAGACACACUUAAUAAAGUAAAUAAUCAU